GCGGAGGCAGCCGGGGGAGGGGAGAGCCCGCGCGGGCGGGAGGAGCGGGCCGUCCUCCCUCCCCCGCCCGACCUGGGACCCGACCCCCAGCGUGCACCUGUGGCCACAGCAACCAAACUACUGGAGUUUCAAGACCCGCAGCUCGCGCCACACUCAGGGAGCCCAACCAGGGCUGGCAGACCAGGCAGCCAAGCUGUCCUACGCCUCGGCUGAGUCGCUGGAGACCAUGUCCGAGGCCGAGCUGCCACUGGGCUUCAGCAGGAUGAACCGCUUCCGACAGAGCUUGCCUCUCUCCCGCUCGGCCAGCCAGACCAAGCUGCGCUCACCAGGGGUCCUGUUCCUGCAGUUCGGGGAGGAGACGCGACGCGUGCACAUCACUCACGAGGUCAGCAGCCUGGACACGCUGCACGCGCUCAUCGCGCACAUGUUCCCGCAGAAGCUCACCAUGGGUAUGCUCAAGUCGCCCAACACCGCCAUCCUCAUCAAAGACGAGGCGCGCAACGUCUUCUACGAGCUGGAGGAUGUCCGAGACAUCCAGGACCGAAGUAUUAUCAAGAUCUACAGGAAGGAACCGCUCUACGCCGCGUUUCCUGGCUCGCACCUCACCAACGGUGACCUCCGGAGAGAGAUGGUGUACGCGUCGCGGGAGUCGUCGCCCACGCGGCGCCUCAACAACCUGUCGCCCGCCUCGCACCUGGCCUCCGGCUCGCCGCCCCCGGGGCUGCCGUCGGGGCUGCCGUCGGGCUCGCCCUCGCGCUCCCGCCUGUCGUACGCCGGGGGCCGCCCGCCCUCCUACGCCGGCAGCCCCGUGCACCACGCCGCCGAGCGGCUGGGGGGCGCCCCGGGCGGUCAGGGGGUGAGCCCCAGCCCCAGCGCCAUCCUGGAGCGACGGGACGUGAAGCCCGACGAGGACCUGGCGGCCAAGGCGGGCGGCAUGGUGCUGGUGAAGGGCGAGGGCCUCUACGCCGACCCCUACGGGCUGCUGCACGAGGGUCGCCUGAGCCUGGCCGCGGCGGCCGGCGGGGACCCGUUCGCCUACCCCGGCGCGGGCGGCCUGUACAAGCGCGGCUCGCUGCGCUCGCUCAGCACCUACUCGGCCGCCGCGCUGCAGUCCGACCUGGAGGACUCGCUCUACAAGGCGGCGGGCGGGGGCGGCGGGGGCGGCGGGGGCGCGCUCUACGGGGACGGCUACGGCUUCCGCCUGCCGCCCUCGUCCCCCCAGAAGCUGGCCGACGUGGCGGCGCCCUCCGGGGGCCCCCCGCCCCCGCACAGCCCCUACUCGGGGCCCCCCAGCCGCGGCUCGCCCGUGCGCCAGUCCUUCCGCAAGGACUCGGGCUCGUCGUCCGUGUUCGCCGAGAGCCCCGGGGGCAAGGCCCGCAGCGCCGGGGGCCCCUCCGCGGCCGGCCCGCCGCCUCCCGACCUCUUCCCCGGGCCUGGGGAGCGCUCCCUCGUGGGCUUCGGGCCGCCGGUGCCAGCCAAGGACACGGAGACCAGGGAGCGCAUGGAGGCCAUGGAGAAGCAGAUCGCCAGCCUCACGGGGCUAGUGCAGAGCGCCCUGCUGCGAGGCUCAGAGCCCGAGACCCCAAGUGAGAAGAUUGAAGGCUCCGACGGGGCAGCCAUACCCGCAGCACCGUGUGGGUCGGGCGGUCGGAGCAGCGGGGCCACCCCGGUGUCCGGCCCUCCCCCGCCCUCGGCCAGCAGCACCCCAGCAGGGCAGCCCAGCGCCGCCAGCCGCCUACAGCUGCAGGUGCAGCUGCGAGGCCUGCAGAACAGCGCCAGCGACCUGCGCGGCCAGCUCCAGCAGUUGCGCAAGCUCCAGCUCCAGAACCAGGAGUCGGUGCGCGCGCUGCUGAAGCGCACCGAGGCGGAGCUGAGCAUGCGCGUGUCGGAGGCGGCGCGGCGGCAGGAGGACCCGCUGCAGCGGCAGCGCACCCUGGUGGAGGAGGAGCGGUUGCGCUACCUCAACGACGAGGAGCUCAUUACUCAGCAGCUCAAUGACCUGGAGAAGUCAGUGGAGAAGAUCCAGAGGGAUGUGGCCCAUAACCACCGGCUGGUGCCUCCUCCUGAGCUGGAAGAGAAGGCGCUGGUGCUGAAGCAGCUUGGGGAGACGCUGACGGAGCUCAAGGCUCACUUCCCAGGCCUGCAGAGUAAGAUGCGGGUGGUGCUUCGGGUAGAGGUGGAGGCGGUGAAGUUCCUGAAGGAGGAGCCUCAACGCCUUGAUGGACUUCUCAAACGCUGCCGCGGGGUCACUGACACGCUUGCCCAGAUCCGAAGGCAAGUGGAUGAAGGUGUGUGGCCACCCCCCAACAAUAUCCUGAACCAGUCCCCCAAGAAGGUGGCAGCCGAGACAGACUUCAGCAAGGGCUUGGAUUUUGAAAUUCCACCCCCCAGCCCUCCACUGAAUCUUCAUGAGCUGAGUGGGCCUGCCGAAGGAGCCCCUCUGACCCCAAAGAGCAGCAACCCCACCAAAGGCCUGGAUGCUUCCAGCAAGAGAAGCGUGGACAAAGCUGUGUCUGUUGAGGCUGCAGAGAGAGACUGGGAGGAGAAACGGGCAGCUCUGACCCAGUAUAGCGCCAAGGACAUCAACCGGCUGCUGGAGGAGACACAGGCUGAGUUGCUCAAGGCCAUCCCUGACCUGGACUGUGCCAGCAAGACCCACCCAGGCCCUGCUCCCACCCCGGACCACAAGCCCCCCAAGGCACCCCACGGUCAGAAGGCAGCCCCCCGGACAGAGCCCAGUGGGAGAAGAGGUUCAGAUGAGCUCACAGUGCCCCGAUACCGCACGGAGAAGCCCUCCAAGUCCCCACCACCACCCCCUCCCCGCCGGAGCUUCCCUUCCUCCCACGGCCUGACCACCACUCGCACUGGAGAAGUGGUGGUCACCAGCAAGAAAGACUCAGCCUUCAUCAAGAAGGCCGAGUCCGAGGAGCUGGAGAUCCAGAAGCCCCAGGUGAAGCUGCGCCGGGCUGUAUCUGAGGUAGUACGCCCUGCGUCCACACCACCCAUCAUGGCCUCUGCCAUCAAGGAUGAAGACGACGAGGAGCGCAUCAUUGCCGAGCUGGAGAGUGGCGGUGGCAGCGUGCCGCCCAUGAAGGUGGUGACUCCAGGAGCCUCUCGGCUGAAGGCGGCCCAGGGCCCAGCAGGCAGCCCUGACAAAGGCAAACACAGCAAGCAAAGGGCGGAGUACAUGAGGAUCCAAGCCCAGCAGCAGGCCACUAAACCAUCUAAAGAGAUGAGCGGGUCGAAUGAGACCUCAAGCCCUGUCUCAGACAAGCCCUCUGGUUCCAGAACCUCCAUCCCUGUAUUGACUUCCUUUGGGGCAAGGAAUUCUUCCAUCUCCUUCUAGAGGCCCCAACCUGCCCCUCCGUCACCCCCACCAUCAUUUCCCACUUUCUUUCAUGCCCGCUCCUCCCUCCCCACUCUCACACCGGAAGGGUUGCAGGGGCAUGGCCCCAGCUCUCUCAUCCCCUCUUGGUGUGUUUGGUUUUUUAAGUGGUUCCCUUUUAAUUCUCUUUCCUUUUCUUUUUUUCUUUUCUUUUUUCUUUUUUUAAAGAGCAAAAGAGAAAACUAAAAACCAAACACACCAACUUCCCUUGACUUCCUCCUGUUCCCUAGUGGCCUCUGCUUGGCCCACUUCCUCUCAUCUUUCCCUCUGCUCUUUCACCCUCUUCCUCCCAAGUCCAUCCAAAGUUCCCACCUCCCCUAACUUCCCGAGAACACUUGGAACUAACUCUGAGCCACGGAGACUUUUGGAGUGAAGAGAGAACCCCCCUCCCGUUAUGGAGUUCCUUCCUGGAGGAACGGAUGGAUGUGGACUAACUCGGCGUCAGGCUGGACAAUGGACAGGGGAGACGCUGGGCCUUGGAGAUGCCCCGCUGCCUGUCCAUCCUUCGAAGAGACAGACUCUGCUGCCAGCCUCUGGUUUUCCUCUGGAAUCAGGGUGGGCCUGGACGCAGGCCUAGCUGGAGGGCAUCCUCAGAGAAGAGGCCAAGGCUGGGUGUGAGGAGGAGAGGGGGGGCACUAGGUGCCAGGGGAGAGGCCGGCUCACUGUUGCUCAGUUGUCCGGCUGGUGCUAGCAAAGGGCAGAAGGAGGCCCCCAGGACGCCUGUCAUGGUGGGUGUUCCUGGGGGACAGCCUGCCCCUGCGGCUCUGCCUUGGGAGAGGGCAGGCCUGAGGGGCAUCUGGUACUUUUAGUUUCCUAAUUUAGCACUUUAAAUGCCAUUAACUUAUUUUAUUGGGGUGGGGUGGGCAGGAUGGAGGGACCUAGAAACAUGUUUGGGGGUGGGAAGGGAGAAGGGGGGUGCAGUAAAGGCUGACCCCGAGCUGGGGGCUGGGCCGCUUGACCUUCAACCAGCCUCUAUGAUUUGAGGGUUUUCAGGGAAGAGGUGUGCGUGACUCGUCUGGGGGGAUCUGGUGACCACUGGUGAGGUGUUGGAGGGUCCCCAAGGCAGAGCAGCCAGCCGGCACUCCAGUCUAUGGAUUCCGUGCAGCGGUCCUGGCCGGGGCAGACUGGCUUUCGGGUGGGCCCUGAAGUCAAGGGGAGAGGCUGACUUGACUCUGGCCCCUAGAAGGCACAGAGGGGCCAGAGCAAGAAGGGAGAUCCUGCGGAAGGGCGGAGGGGGCUCCUUUCAGAGCACAAAGUAGAGUAAGCACAGAGAGGCGGUCUUGGUUCUAGUCCCCCAUAAGCACAGAAAGGAACCAUGGAAGGGACAGGACCCCAAGACCUGGCAGGGAGAGCCAGUAGCAGCUGUUGAGGGUUCGGGGAGGGAGGGAAAACUGGGUUGUGUUUUUUUUUUUUUUUUUUUUUUUUUAAUUUCUGUUUUUGUUUUCUCAGUUCACUCUUGUUUUCUAGCUUUGGAUCAUUUUUGUAUGAAGGCGAACAAGCCUUUUUGAAAAAUAACAAAAGAAGAAGAAGAAAAAAAAAUCCCUCCCAGAAAAAAAAAACAAACAAAAAAAAAUCCAAAAAACCCUAGAAAAUAGAAAAAAAAAAAAAAAAAGGACCUCACGAUGAUGCAAUUACUUUUAAUUGCAAGCAACUCUUUACAUUUAAGUGAAGUGUCUUAACAUUUUAUAUUGUUUUAAAGAUAUAUUUACAUAUUAUAUAUAUAAUAUACGUAAUAUAAAUAUAUAUAAAUAUUUAAAAAAGAAAAAAAAAACAAACAAGAAAACCACAGCACACUCUCCCUGGCCGCUGUCUGGCAGGGGAGGGGGCUGGGGACAGGCGUGUGCCCUGGCUUCUGUAGUCCGGUGAAGCAGUUUGGUUUGAUUUGGCUGUACAGAGACCCCUGACUUGGGAGGGGAGGGGGGGGGGGCCCCUCCACUCCAUUUCUCUUUGCUUGCUACUCUUCGCUUGCCCCCACACCCCCUCAGCUCUGUGACCUGAGUGUGCGCCCCUCCGUCAUUGUCCUGAGUUGAGUGUCCUUUGUGGAGGGAGAGGGAGCCGGGGGAGGGGAAAGGGACCCAUGCAGGAGCUGCCCUAGGCGCCCAGGCAGAGCCCGCGGGCUUGGCAUCGUUCUUCGCUUUUGGUCCCUGCGCCUGUGUGCGUGUGUGUGCACGCUGGCGUAAGCCUCCGUGACUUAGGUGUGUGCACGUGCAUGGAACCUGUGUGUGUGAGUGAGUGAGCAAAAGCUUCUACUGUAUAUGCGAAGCCUUGUACAUGUAUGUGAACGUGGCCAGCACGGCUGUGUGAGGGAGCCUUGGCAGUAAGAACGCGAACGCGUGUAGUGUGUGUGCGGACAUGCCUGGCUGUUGGGGUGAGGACCGCGUGUGGCUGGGUAGAGAUGACGUGAGCGGUGGGUAGGGUCGUGUCCAGGUGCAGGCGAGGUGUGAGGCGGCCGCUGUGUGUGUGCCCGUGUGUGCGCAUGUGUGUGCCCGUGUCCCAUCAACCCUGCACCACUCGCCCGGCUCCCCUCCCCCCACACCCGCAGCACGUCGGUCCCCGCCCCCACAGCUGCAUGCGCCUCCGCCGCUCUGUCCAUCAGUGUGUGCUUGACAAAAGAAACUGCCACAUUGGGGGACCCUGUACCUGGUCCCCUCACCCCCUGCCCGCUGUGCUGUGUUACUCGCAUGGGGGGUUCUCUCUGACCCCUUCCACAAUAUACUGUUUUCCCAGGGGCCUCAGGGCCAAGGCUUCGAGGGGGGUCCCAAGGGAGGGCCCCCCAAGGCCAGCCCGGCUCCACACCCACCCGUCCACCCCGUAGGGCCUGUGUCGGUGUAGAAGUGAUGGCUUCUGUGGAUAUUUUGUGAUCUCUGUCAGUGUAAUUGACAAUUUCUAAAUGGAAAGGGUUGCUGUGUUUUCUGUCUCUUUUUUAAUGUCUUUUUUUUUUUUUUUUUCUUCCCUACCUCCCUGCUUUCUUCCCUUCCCUUUUGGUUUUUCUAGCCGAGUGUUGGGGCUUUAAUAAAACUUGUUUCUUUUUCCUCUC